UCAAUUCCUCAAUCCCUCUUAAACCCCCCCCGCCCGCACGCACCCCUCACACCCCCACCACCUCUCAACUCUCCCCUCCUCUUCCUCUCCUCCACAAAGGUUGUGUUUCCUUAGGCAUAUGGGCACUUUGGUAGGGCAUGUGGCACCCGGGUUUGGGUUCCUUUUGAUUGGGCUGUGGCAUCUCUUUAACCACAUCAAGCUCCAUUACCAACAUCCCAAUUCCUACACUUCUCCCCCAUGGUUUCCCACCUCCAAAAUAAGGUACUUGGAGCUCUUUCUGAUCAUGGUAGGGAGCUGCAUCUCCAUAGCCAUGGAGCUCUUCAUUGGCCCCCAGAAGCACCAGCCUUUCGACGUGGAUGGCACCAUCCCUUCCAACCAUCUCCACAACUUUGAGCAUUCAUCCAUUUCCAUGGCUUUCUUGGUUUAUGGGGCCUUUUCCAUCGUCCUCGAUCGCCUGGGCUCAAAGGCCAAGUACGGCUUGACUCAGCUCCUGGCCGCCAUAGCUUUCGGGCAGCAGCUGAUGAUGUUUCACCUUCAUUCGGCGGACCAUGUUGGCAUCGAAGGGCAGUACCAUUUACUUCUCCAGAUUGUGAUCCUGGUGUCCCUGACCACCACCCUCAUGGGAAUAGGCCUUCCCAAGAGCUUCUUAGUUAGUUUUGUGAGGUCUGCAAGCAUACUUUUUCAAGGUAUUUGGCUGAUACUCAUGGGGUACAUGCUUUGGACCCCAGCUCUAAUCCCCAAAGGCUGCAUCCUCCACUUGGAAAAUGGCCACAAGGUGGUGAAUUGCUCGGACACGGAAGCUCUCCACCGCGCUAAAUCGCUUGUCAACAUAGAGUUCAGCUGGCUCGUUGUAGGUAUGAUGAUAUUUGCGAUGUCUUUUUACUUGUUCUUGGCUAGAGUUUAUAGGGAAAAGGUGGAGUACUGGUCAUUGGGAAACGAGGAAGGGCGAGAAGAUGAUGAAGACUUGGAGUCCCAGAAGAAGAGUAAUCUGGAGUUUGUUCACAUGGGAAAGACCUAUGCCAUGGAUAUCGAAAGGUAGAGGAAGAAGAAAGAAAGAAAGAAAGAAAGAAAGAAAGAAAAAAUAAGGAUACAUAAAAGAUUAGGUAUGUGUGUGUAAAAAGAUUAGGUUAGGUGAUUGGUGGGAUCCCAUUCUUUGUUGAAUUAUUAGGCCAGGAAUGAUGUUGGCUUAAUGAAAACAAUGAAUUGAGGGAACAGUCAAUUGUAGGUGUGAUACUGUUUGGCUUUGCAUUCGUGGCUUUUAGUUUUGGGUGAGCUCAGUUGGGUUAGGAUGUGUGGAAAAAGUCAGCAAUUGUCAAGUUAUUUAUUUAUUUCUUCAUCAUCCUUCAAUCUGUAAAAAAACAACUCUGGAUCUGAUUCGAUUCUCUCCUGUACUUUAAUUAAUUCAGUUCGUUAAUCA